GACUACAAUAUAAACGCAGACACAAAUUCUUAUGCAUAAAAUAAUUAUUAUUUCUAUGAAACCUUGAGAGACUAAAACCGAAAAAGAAAUAUGGUAAAAUAUUUUUUUAAGGAUACAUGACCUUAAAAAUUACUAAUAGUAGAGCUGUUGUCUUGUCCGUUUACUUUUGUAGUCACGAUCGCUUGGUGGUGGGUGGAGAUAGAGAUUUACAUCUCUCUCGCCGUUUUAUCGCCACCUUUUAUGAACUCAAAGCUUUUCCGGUAAUCUAGAUAAGGAGAGAGAUACUCUCGACAGUGAUGUUUUUUUCUUUUACUUUAAUUUCCACCAUUCUUCAUUUACUUCUUAUGCUUUUUCUUUCUAUUUAACCCUACAUCGUCUCCAUUUCACAUUCUUCAACCUUUCCUUCUCUUUUUCAGUCAUUCUCGGGAUCUCAUCUCUCUCCUUUUUAACCCAACAUCUCCUACAACAGUUAGAUACUUCUCUCCACCAACCUAGCUUCUUUUCUUGUCCUCGUUUGCUCUUUUUCGUUGGAUUUCACGAUAUUUCUUGUAAAGUUUGUCCAUCGAAGGCACCCCACAAUCUAGCAUACACUGAAUACGUGCUGCAAAAGAGGUUAAUUAAAUCAAGAGCUGAUAUGAACACGUUUUCACAUGUUCCUCCCGGAUUUCGUUUCCAUCCCACUGAUGAAGAACUUGUUCAUCACUACCUUAAGAAAAAAGUAGCUUCUAAAAGGAUUGACCCAGAAGUGAUAAAAGACAUUGAUCUCUAUAAAAUCGAGCCAUGGGAUCUUCAAGAAUUAUGCAAAACUGGAAAUGAUGAACAAGAUGAAUGGUACUUCUUUAAUCAUAAGGACAAGAAGUAUCCAACAGGAAUUCGUACCAAUAGAGCUACAAAAGCAGGAUUCUGGAAAGCUACAGGGAGAGACAAGGCAAUUUACUGUAAGCAUUGUCUUACUGGAAUGAGAAAGACUCUUGUGUUUUACAAAGGAAGAGCACCCAAUGGACAAAAAUCUGACUGGAUCAUGCAUGAGUAUCGGCUACAAACUAUUGAAAAUGGAACUCCUCAGGAAGAAGGGUGGGUUGUAUGUAGAGUGUUCAAAAAACGAAUGACAACAGUGAGGAAAAUGGGUGAUUACGUGUCGCCAUGUUGGUAUGAUGACCAAGUCUCGUUCAUGCAAGAACUGGAAUCUCCAAUUCCAAUUUCUAACCCUAAUGCACCAAAUCGUCACCCCUACCCCAGCAAGGAGUUGGAAUUGCAAUUCAAUAUUCCCCAUGACGCUUUCCUCCAACUUCCACAACUUCAAAGUCCCGUGAUUCUUCAAUCUGCGGCUAGUUUGAGUUUUAGCCCAGUUGUCUCUUACGGCUAUGGUAGCAAGAACAAUGGAAACGCUUUGCAGUCAUCAUCUCUCACUCAAGAACAUCGACAGUUUCAUUAUGCUAGUAAUGAUCAAUCUAUGGAUUGGCGAGUACUUGACCAGUUUGUGGGUAAUGAGCUGAGUCACGAUGAACAUUUUUCCAAUGUGGUUCACCAGAUGAAGUUGCCGGCAGACGGAUCUACAAAACCAGAAACCGGUCAGGAAAGUGCUUCAACUUCCAUCUCCGGUUCCCAGAUUGACCUCUGGAAAUGAAAAUUUACAGCUAGAAGAGGCACACCACUUAUACAGUUUAAUUAGCACUCUCGAUAAUGACAAAACAAAAAUUCUGUACAUAACAAACCCUAAAAUAUUCUUAGCAGUUGAAAUAUGCAUGAUGAUAACAGUGUGUCAACUAAUAAUCCGGACUUGUAUGAUGCAAGAAAAACCUAGAGCAUAUGUUGGAGUUUAACAGUGCAAGAUUUGAUGUAAUGAGGUCAGUGAAUGUUAGAGAUUUAAUCAUUAAUUGAAUUUGCAUGUAAUACAAAUAUAUUAAGGUUAUGUAUACUGACAGGAACAUGAUGAUUGUAUUUUAAACCCA